AGAUACAGUCGCAGGAAGAACAAAACUACGUGAUGCUCACCGUCAAAUCAUGUUGGCCAACCAUCCUGACCGAGGAGGUUCACCAUACCUUGCAACCGUCCGCAACCGCAGAGGAUGUCAAGAGGCGCUACAAGCAAAUUUCGCUGC